AUGAGCUCGUUGGGAGAUAAUAAGACGCAGGACGUCGCCAAACAGACCGAGCGCUGGCAAUGCCUAUUCUGUCUAAAAUCUUUUACCUUCCGCGGCGGCUUGACAAGGCACAACGAGAACGACCAUUUCAGUAAAGGUACCUUCGACCGUCCCUUUCCGUGUGGCGAGUGCGGCCGUCAAGGAAAGACGCACGUCGUGGAUGGGGCAGAGCAGUGGAGCAACCAUGUGGAGACGUGCCACGGUCACCGACGAAAUCUCAGAGACCCGUAUCGAGAAUCCAUCCUCCUUUCACUACCCCUGAGAGAUGAAGGGCUGAGCCGGGUAGGCGGGCCAAGGUGGCCCAUCUCCGAGAUCCCUAACCACGGGGCGCAGGCAAGGAUCGGGUUACGCAUUUCGUACCUCGCUACGCUAUUUCUCGUCACGCCUAAGCGGUAUAUAGCUCUCACGGUCGUCGGCGAGGAUUCGAGCCGCCUCGGCAACUGGCACCGCCAACGUUGCGGCGAGAGCUUCAGCCUCACGGAGAGCGGCCUGCUCGUCGGCCUGGAGCGGUGGUUCGGUAGGAUUGUGGCCAUGGCCACGGCGCUUCUUAGGCACCUUGACGCGGCGUAA